AUGUCCCAGCACGGCGACAUUCCAUUUCGUGGGACAGCCGUCCCUGACGGCGUGGGCACCGAAGACCUGGAGAAGCAGAAGACGGAGGAACAGGGCGCGGACGGCACUGCUGGUGACCAUGGCCACCCUCAUCACCACCCUGGUCACCACCAGGAACACAAAGAUAGGCAUGAUGAAAGACGCGAGCUGCAUGAGUGGGAAUGUUACGACAAGCUCGGGUACUCCUUCUCCUGGGGCAAGAAAUGGACCAUCCUCAGCGUGAUCUUCCUGGUCCAGGUCUCGAUGAACUGGAACGCCAGUUUCUACGCCAGCGGCGUCGAUCUGUACGCCAGCCACUUUGGAAUCUCGGCGCAGGCUGCGCGGGUCGGCCAGAUGAUCUUCUUGAUUGCAUACGCCUUUGGAAGUGAGUUCUGGGCGCCCUGGAGCGAGGAGUUUGGUCGCUGGCCCAUCCUGCAGCUCAGCUUGUUUCUCGUCAACAUCUGGCAGCUGCCCUGUGCGCUGGCACCGAACUUUGGCACAAUUAUCGUCUGUCGAAUGCUGGGCGGUCUCUCGUCCGCGGGCGGCUCCGUCACCCUGGGGAUGAUCGCCGACAUGUGGGAGCCAGACUCGCAGCAGUACGCGGUGGCUUUUAUCGUCCUGUCUUCCGUUGCGGGAUCGGUCAUUGCACCCAUCGUAGGCGGGUUCGUCACGACCUUUCUGGACUGGCACUGGAACUUUUGGUUACAGCUUAUUCUGGGUGGUUUCGCACAGGCAGUGCAUUUCUGGGUCCCUGAAACGCGAUGCAGCAUCCUCGUUACCCGCGAAGCCAGACGCCGCCGGAAGAAGGGAGACAUGGUCUGGUCCGCGGAUGAGCUUAAGGGCAGACGGAUCAACAUGUCUCAUCUGAUCAAAGUCUGGUUACGGCCCUUCCUCAUGUUCAUUCGCGAGCCGAUCGUCCUUUGUCUCUCGUUGCUUUCUGGAUUCAGUGAUGCCUUGAUCUUCACUUUCUUGCAGUCCUAUACUCCUGUGUAUAAGCAGUGGGGGUUCAAGACCAUCGAAAUCGGGCUUGCCUUCAUUCCUAUCCUGGUCGGCUACAUCAUCGCUUAUUUCACUUUCCUGCCCUGGAUCUAUCAUCACGAUAGAGUCCGCGAGCGAGACCCGGACGGACUCCAGCCUGAAGCUCGCCUGUACUGGCUUUUAUAUGUUGCACCUCUUCUAUCUAUUGGUCUUUUCGGCUUCGCGUGGACUAGUUUAGGCCCUCCGCAUACUCACUGGAUUGCGCCAAUGAUCUUCUCGACCCUCAUCGCAAUUGCCAAUUAUUCAAUUUACAUGGCUACAAUCGAUUACAUGGUCGCCUCGUAUGGCCCAUACGCUGCCUCUGCGACUGGUGGCAAUGCCCUGGCUAGAGACUUCCUGGCUGGUGUUGCAGCAAUGUACUCCGUUCCAAUGUACCAAAACUUCGGCCACAGCGCCACCCUCGAAUGGCCAUCAACGCUUCUGGGUUUUCUCGCCGUCAUCUUCACAAUCCCCAUCUACGUCUUCUAUUGGAACGGGCCAAAAAUCCGUGAACACUCCAAGUUCGCCCAGACGCUGGCCAGCGACAGGAAGAAGGCCGGUCGCCGCGUCUCGAGCUGUGGAUCAGGUCAGCCGGGUCCAGAGGAGACGUACCUUGCGGAGGUCUAG